GUAAAAAUUUCUCUCUCCAUUCUUUCUUGGACCUGGACCUGGACCUCGAACUCUUUGGACCUGCAAAUGCAAUUAGAACCUGCAACGGAAACGCGACCUCCACAAUUUUCUUCGAAUCAGCAGAGCCCAAACUAAACUCAUCGGCCUCUUUUUUCUAUCGUGGGCCAAGACUAGAGCCGACCAGAUAAAAAGGCGGCCCCCCCAUCUCCCCAUCCACUUUCUCUCCUCUUCGACAACUUGUCACGUUUCAUCACGACAAUUUUUAUACUCUUCAACUACUCCAAUGUGCACCCGUUGAUACGAAACCGUUAUCAACAAAACCUAGCAACUUUGAGCACUUGAAAACUGCUCAAACUCGUCACCAAACUCGACCCGCCUUUGGUCUAUUAAAGGCACCGCCUUCACCACGGCUCCUCCGGCCGUGAGCUUCGUCAGUGACAAAGAUUUCAGCCUCUGCAAGCCCUCUCACAUCAUCAACGCGAUCCCCCCUCCCGCUGCUAUUGCUGCUCGACGAUAAGCUCCUCGAUCUCUCCGUCUUGCACGACUCUCGAUCCGACUACACUCCCCCGUCGUUCUUCGACACCCGUCAGCUGCCGCAUAGGAGGUUUACAGAGGUUCUUCCUCUUGCCGAGGAAGAGUCGAGGAGGCCUCGCCAGUCCACUGAGGGAUCAGUCUGCUACCGCUCUCGACCGCCCUAACACCAGCUGAACCCGUACGUUCAAGCUUCACUCUACUAUAUAUACUUUUCUAUAAAGUAUCGUCUUUCUAGUCCACGGACUUAAUCCCUCUUUCAACUUCCCAACGAACCCCCGCAACUGUUUGGGAUAUGGUUAUGGCAACGGCUGUCCUCGACACCUACAAUCAUAAUGUCAAUCACCCUCAUAUCGCAUUAAAGAAACCCCUGCUUCAGGAACCUCUUGAGCAAUAUGGCGUGAUUACUCCAAAGCAACUCAUCGGUCAGGCUCUCCACCAGCGCGUGGAGGCCAUUGACCAUGAGAUGUGUGAGCCUGGCGACGAAGAUACUUUCUUCGUUGCUGACCUCGGAGAGGUCUACCGCCAGCAUCUUCGCUGGAAGAAGAAUCUCCCUCGGGUCCGGCCCUUCUAUGCCGUCAAGUGCAACCCCGAUCCUCAGAUCAUCAAGCUUCUAUCUGAGCUCGGAACCGGCUUCGACUGUGCCUCCAAGACCGAGAUUGAGCAGGUCCUGUCCGCAGGACUUAGCCCCGACCGCAUCAUCUACGCCCAACCCUGCAAGACUAACUCGUAUGUCCGAUACGUCAAGUCUGUGGGCGUCAAACAGAUGACUUUUGACAAUGCCGAUGAGCUCUACAAGAUCGCCAAGCUCUAUCCAGGAGCUGAGCUCUUCCUCCGCAUCAUGACCGACGACAGCGAGUCUCUGUGCCGCUUCAGCAUGAAGUUCGGUGCCGCCAUGGACACCACUGAGGGUCUUCUCGCCCUGGCCAAGGAUCUUGGUCUCAACGUUGUUGGCGUCAGCUUCCACGUUGGAUCUGGUGCCUCUGAUCCUCUUGCCUUCUACAAGGCCGUGCGCGACGCCCACACCGUCUUCCAGCUGGCCCACGAGUUCGGGUUCAACAUGCGCACCCUCGACGUUGGUGGUGGCUUCAGCGGCGAUACCUUCGAGACCAUGGCUGCUGUCCUCGGCGACGCCCUCGACGAGUUCUUCCCUCCUCACAGCAACAUCGAGAUCAUCGCCGAGCCAGGUCGAUACUACGUUGCCACCGCCUUCACCAUCGCCUGCAACAUCAUCGCUCGCCGAACUGUUGAGGACCCCACUCUCGAUGGCAAGGGCUACAUGCUCUACGUCAACGAUGGCGUUUACGGCAACUUCUCAAACAUCAUGUUUGACCACCAGCAGCCUAUCGCCAAGGUUCUCCGCGCCUCCGGUAAGACCCUCUUCGAGACCACCGCUGCCCAUCCCACUUCCGAGGGCGAGGGCUUCGAGUAUUCCGUCUGGGGUCCUACCUGCGAUGGCAUCGACCGCAUCACUGAGAGCACUCGCUUCGACUCCAUUCUCGAUGUCGGUGACUGGCUGUACUUCGAGGACAUGGGUGCCUACACAAAGUGCUCUGCCACUCAGUUCAACGGCUUCUCCAACGCCCACGACGUUAUCUACGUCUGCAGCGAGCCUGGUGCCAAGGCCCUUCUUGGUCUGUGAUUUUAAUCACUUCUUGCACCUUAAUGGCUAGCGAAACCAUUUCUUUCGUGUUCUCUUUGGAGAAUCCUUUUGUUCGUAUGUUUUGAAUCUCAUCAUGGGCCGAUGAAAAUAGAAACACAAAAGUUGACAGUCAAUAUUUGAAAACGAGAAAAGAGCUAGAUAGACGGAUAUUAGAUCAUAAUUAAUUUCUGAACUGUCAAUCUCAGACACCUCUGUAAUUCCUUGCGAGACAUGUUGUGCCACGGCACUUGCAUUUAUUACAAAUCACGGGGUCACACAGGUCUCCUCAGAUACUUUAAUUCGUUCAUUAAAUUUAUACAUGUUUGAAUCUCCGAGUGCUAAAAUCAAAU